ACUUUGGACAUUUUCUUGAUACAACUAUGCCAAUGGAUUAUCUUUCCUAAGCCGACGUCUUUCGGAAACAACAUUUUCGCCUUUUUGAAGGUAGGGGUAAGGUCUACGUACAUACUAACCUUACCAGACCCCACUUGUAAGAUUAUACUGGGUCUGUUGUUGUUGUAAAUAUGCCAAUGGAAGGACGGCUAUACAGAGCAGCACAGAGAGGUGAUAUAAAUGUCUUAAGAGAAUACAAGAACCAGUUCACCACUCAGUUAACUCCAUUUAAGAACACUAUCCUUCAUAUUGCAGCUGAUCAUGAUUUUCACACGCGCACUAAUUAUUUCUCUUCCAAAGACGGGGAAAACUUUCUCGAUAUAAUUAGCAGUAAUUUAGAACUGCUUUUCUGUUUGAACUCUAAUAGCGAUACUUGUAUUCAUGUGGCUGCUAGGAAAGGCCAUUUUAAAGCCUUUAUUAGCUACAUGAAACAAAAUUCAUGUCAAUAUGAGCUCGAAAUUGAAGGUGGUGGCACUACUGAGGAACUGUUGAGGAUUCCCAACAGCAAAGGAAACAUGGCUUUGCACGAAGCUGUAAUGCAUAGGCAUCACAGGGUGGUGGAAUUGUUGGUUAAAGAAGAUGUUGAUUUCACAUAUCCGCCCAACAAAAUUUCGAGAAGUCCAUUAUUUCUAGCUAUGGAGAAAAAAGACGACAUUUCUGUCGAAUUGAUCUUGAGCAACUCCAGUUCACCAUCUUAUGCAGGACCUUAUGGCACUACAGCGCUACAUGCAGCUGCAAUCUAUCAUAUUGAAGAAUGCUUGCAACUAAUACUAGAAAAGGAACCAAGGUUGGUAAAGGAAGUAGAUGAUAUGGGGUGGAGUCCUCUCCAUUUCGCGGCAUUCUUCGGAUCAAAACCGAUAGUGAGGGCAUUAUUAAAGGAAGAUAAACAGAUGGUAUAUGAAACUAUUAAAGAAGACGAUAGAACACCUCUGCAUUUAGCUGCACUUAAUAAUAUGAUAGACGCUGUGCGAGAGAUAUAUGAGCAGUGUCCAGAUUCUAUUGAAGCAGUCACUAGUCAAGGCCAUAAUGCUCUUCAACUAGCAAAGGAAAAUUGUAGUUUCAAAGUCCAAGCUUUUUUUCCUGCUCAUUCUACUAAAAAAAUCCUCGAGAAAUACUUUCUUAUUAUUGGUGACGCGCUUGGUAUGCUUUUUAUAUUGCCAAGUAUCGUUACACAUCACCCUUACUUGGAGGAAACGAGUCUAAAGUGGCUGGGGAAAAAGCCAAGCUAUGAAAUCAUGGAAGCUGACAAAGAAUCCUGGAAAGAAAGAACAAAUACACAUUUGAUAGUGGCUACGCUCAUAACAACAAUUUCUUUUGCGGCUGGCUUUACCAUUCCUGGUGGAUACAAUAGUGAUGAUGGUCCAAAUAAAGGCAUGGCAAUCUUAACGAGAAAAACAGCGUUCAAAGCAUUUGUGAUAGCUAAUACCCUAGCCAUGACAUUUUCUGCUACUGCAGUGUAUAUGCAUUUCCGUGCGACUCUUAAGCGAGAGAAUAUGACGCAUACUCUUUUCCUAAAUGCUUCUUCGUGCCUCUCAUAUGCUAUAAUGGCAAUGAUGAUAGUAUUUACGACUGGCGUAUAUGUUGUGCUACCGCUUGCAGACCUAGCCACAGCUGUCUGUGUCCUGUGCUCUGUAACACUUGCCAUUUUUGCAUAUAUAGGCGUUAAGGAAAAAUUAAUUUGAGAAAGAUGAAGAGUAGUUCCUCAUGGCUUCAGAAACAUUGGAAAAGGAGGACAUUCAUAGAUAAAUGUUGUUAUGUUUACAAUUCUACUUUUGCAUUGGAAAAUCUUCAUGUCAAGAAAGAUUCUUUGGUUCAUUUGGUUGGCUCUUGAAUUAAUGUUUGUGGUUGCAUUUCUUCUUCCUUGGUUUAUCACAAUACAUGUAAAUGGUGGAAAUUGAAGAAGGAUAACGUUCAGUUGUAGUAUAUUAUCAA